GCAGUAUUGCAGCGGAUAAAUAUUAAAUAGUCGCCCAUUGAGUAAGCUCGGAUUGCCAAAUUCAAACAUCCUAGUAUAUAUAUAAUAAAAGAACUCCUCUCCCUCCGCACUCGCCAACAACUCAUCACCCUCGGCUACACUGUGUUAAUCCCUUUGCACAAGCUGCAAUAUGGGUUUUUGGAUGGCAUUCUCCUCAAAUAGAAAGCCAUGGGGGCUUCGCUGGCGGUCAUCAGUUUGGUUCAUCACUACAGUCGUUGGAUUCGGCAUCACUACAGAUUUGUUGGUUUACUCCAUCAUCAUCCCCGUCGUACCAUUCCAACUGGAGCGUUUGUCAUACCAUAAAGUUUCGUCGCUCACAGGGUGGCUACUAUGUGCAUAUUCCGCCGGGUUGGUGUUGUCCACGAUCCCUAUUGCCAUGCACUCGGAGCGAUAUUCAAUGAGACGAAUACCAUUGAUCCUCGGCCUCGUUGCGCUCAUUGGCUCCCAGCUCAUGUUCAUGGAGGCCCCUAAUUAUGCAGUCAUGGCCGUCGCCCGUGUGUUGCAAGGAAUUAGUUCCUCUAUGGUGUGGAUCGUAGGCUUGGCACUUUUGUGUGAUACUACGCCGGAGAAAGACGUUGGCAGGCAAUUGGGCAUCGCGAUGACUGGCCUAUCAGUUGGUCUUCUGGUUGGCACACCUGCAGGCGGUGUCUUGUACUCUCGCUUCGGCUUCCGCGCCCCAUUCAUCUUUGGAGCGUCGUGUGCAGUUGUCGAUCUUCUAUUCCGUCUUCUUAUAAUCGAAAGGGACGUCGCAUUGAAAUGGGGCUAUGACCCAUCGGAACCUACCGCCGUAGUGCUGAAGGAGGCGCCGGACGCUUCUUCUACAUCUGAUAUACAACUCUCUCCUAUCCAAAUAACUCAUGUGCAAGGAAGCACUGAUACAGGGAUUAAUGAAGUAGAAGAAACGAUAGUUCCGGACAAGUCCAUACAACCAAACGCACGAAAACUCUCCAUAACCCACGAAGCUCAGAUUCCAAUACCACUACUCUCAGUGAUUAUUAAAUUAUCGCAGGCACCUCGCGCCUUGGUCGCUUUAACCAUGUCAUUCGUUUAUGGGCUUGUACAAAGCAUGCAGGAGCCCUCCCUUCCGCUUCAUCUCCAAUCUCUGUGGGCAUUCAAUUCGGACCGGGUGGGCCUUGCCUACCUGGCAGCAGUCGUCCCAGCCUUGAUAUCGUCACCGCUGGCAGGUUAUUACGUUGAUCGAGUGGGUUCUCACUAUAUAACUUUUACAUGUCUGCUCCUUGCAUUGCCGUGGUGGAUUGUCUUGACUCUACGGCAUUCUAUACCUCUAUUCAUCUUUGCUCUUGCCGCUCAAUGUUUCUUCGUUUCUGGUGUUGUCGCGCCAGUGACAACUGAACUUGCGUCUGUCUCUCGACAAAUGACAGGUGUCGGAUAUGCUCAUGUCUAUGGCGCGUUCAAUCUCGCGUUUGGAAUUGGUACAGCAGUGGGUCCUGUAAUCGGAGGACAGAUAUAUGAUCAUGCUAGACAUGGGUGGACUGCGCUUUGUUGCAUCACCUCGGCGCUUAUCGUCAUCUGCAUCACACUCGCGUUCUGCUACACUGGUGUUGAUCCUUUGCUUGCCAAGUUCAUGCGCCAUUAUUACCCAAUUGAUUCGUUACGAAAGAAACCAGACGAAGAAACCAACAGCACGGAUAAUACAAGCAGGACUCAUAUUAUCAGCAGAGUUGGAUCUGCAUGAUUUUGCAUCGCGUGGACAAUUUUUAUAUUAUAGAUAUCCCUAUUCACCUGGAAGUUCAAAUGUUCAUGUGUAGUAGCUAGCACAAUACCGUAGCAUAGAUAGGCCAGUGGACAAUAGGGAACACUGCAUAUUCUAAUAUUUUGAUGGUACAUUGCAAAUCUGGACC